GCCCGUUUUCUGUACCUGUGGGUUUGUUGUUAUGGUGGAAAGGUGACCAGAGUGUCCGGUGUUAUAUGCUCGGUUCCUGCCAAAGAAAAUGGCUAGUAUGGAAGUAGAUGAAGAUGUUGCAGCAGAGGCCACCUCCUCAUCCCAGUCUGUUGCAGUGGAGAGUUCGAGUCAGGCUGCAGGCAAUACCUCAAAUUUUACAGCCCCAACCUCUCCAGCACCACCUGCACAGCCUGCUACAGGUGGUGGAAGUGGUAGUGCCCUCAGUGAUGUUAGCCCAGGAAAUUCUGUAAUGGCAUCCGCUGGGACCGUAGGUAGUGUGUCGGUCUCUCUUCACCCUCUGGUCAUAUUGAAUAUAUCAGAACAUUGGACUCGUCAACGUGCUCAGGAGGUUACCAGUGAAGUGCAAGUGCUUGGAGCCUUGAUUGGAAAACAAACCGGUCGUCACGUAGAGAUAAUGAAUUCCUUUGAGCUGAGCUAUGACAUGCUGGACGGAAACAUCAUCAUCAACCGUGAAUAUUAUACUCUAAAAGAGGAGCAGUGUAAGUCGUUCUAGUGACCUGUUAUGGUC